GUUGGUGGUUGGUGUCCGUCCGAAGAUGCGUUGCACUCCGGCAGCAUCAGUACCAGCUCCGCCGCGCCAAUAAACCAAAAAACCCGGAGGACGGAGGAGAACCAGCGGCGUGUUUGAGGCUCGAGCGGCGCCGGUUCAACGGAGCGGCGAGAUGGGAGACCAGAAGGAAUCUCUGCGUAAGAUCACCCACACCCUGGCCAUGAAGAAUGAGGAGAUUUCCAACUUCGUCUGCACUCUCAAACAGAGCCUGGAGAACUUAGAGGCGAACUCCAACAGAGUCCAGGAGGACCUGGAGUCUGAGUUCACCUCCCUCCACUCUGUUCUGGAUGAGAUGAAGGAAAACAUGGUGACGCGCAUCAAACAGGAGAGAGCCAGCCGCACAUACGAGCUGCAGAGUCAGCUGAGUGCCUGCUCCAAAGCCCUGGAGAGUUCAGAGGAGCUGCUGGAGCUGGCCAAUCAGACGCUCUGCUCCUCCCAGACGGACGGUUUCAAUCAGGCGGCCAAAGACAUUAAGGAUAGCGUGACAAUGGCUCCAGCCUUUCGCCUCUCCCUGAAGGCUAAAGCCAGUGACAACAUGAGUCACUUGAUGGUGGAUUUCAGCCAGGAGAAGGGGUUGUUGCAGGGCCUCAAGUUUCUCCCAGUUCCCGCCACUCCAGAGAUCCAGGUCUCAGAGUGCCAGGUGUGCGACAACACAGUGACUGUAGUUUGGACCUUACCGGAGCCUGACAGCAAGAUAGACCACUACAUCCUGGAGCAUCGACGCACCAACCACGAGGGCCCGCCUCGCAUCAGAGAGGACUACCCCUGGAUGGUGGUGGAGGGGAUACGAGAGACGGAGCACACACUCACAGGUCUGCGCUUUGACACGCGGUACAUGACGUUCAGAGUGAAAGCGUGUAACAAGGCCGUGGCGGGAGAGUUCUCCGAGCCGAUUACACUAGAAACCCACGCCUUCACCUUCAAGCUGGACUCUGGUUCGGCCCACCAGAACCUGAAGGUGGAGGACCUGAGUGUGGAGUGGGACAGCAGUGGAGGAAAGAUACAAGACAUCCGCAAAGAAAAGACCCGAACCAACUCCCCGAUGCACUCUCCAGCCAGGUCAGCCCUGAUGUCACCUAAGAGAGCUCCGACAGCUCGGCCCGGCAGAGACAGAUUUACAGCAGAGUCUUACACGGUGCUGGCUGACACCAUGAUUGACGCCGGCCAGCAGUACUGGGAGGUGCGGUUUGACAAGGAGAGCAAAGCCUUCGCUGUGGGCGUGGCGCUGCGGAGCCUCGGAAAAUUUGACCAGCUGGGGAAAAGCAGCGCUUCCUGGUGCAUCCACCUGAACAACUGGCUGCAGCAGAGUCUCACUGCAAAGCACAACAACAAGGCCCGGUCGCUGGACUGUGCCAUCCCGAGCAGCAUAGGAGUCUACGUCAACUAUGACGAAGGUGUUUUGUCUUUCUACAACUCCAAAACUAAACAGCUGAUGCACUCCUUCAAAACCAAGUUCCAGCAGCCAGUUAUACCAGCUUUCAUGGUGUGGAACGGCAGUUUCUCAGUAGUGACGGGCCUGCAGGUUCCCAGCGUGGUGCAAAGCGGUCAGAGGAAGAACAGCGGCACCAGCAGCUCCAACGCCAGCCUCACCUAGUCUCAUGCACUCAGCCAGCUGGACGCCACCCAGCUCUGCUCGACCACAGUCCCAGCUGCAGAACAUCACCUCUGCCGUGGCUGCGGUCCAAGCCAUAUCAUGGAAGAGUUUCAUCACUGGAGUAGGAUGGUUUAGCCUGUUCCUUCGGCUGCGUUACGUGACAAGGAAAAUGGUUUUGGGAACAAGUGAGUCAUCGGCGCCAUCAGUGACAGAACUCUUCAGAUGUAUGACUCCGGCUGUUGUUGUUGCUUGGGACACAUUAGCUGUAGUCUCUAGUCUUUCCUCUCAUGUCAUUUAGCACUGUCCCACUGCUGCUAGAGCAAAGAUUUAGCGCUGGCCGCUGCCCUUCCUUCCUCGCCAUCACCAAAACUGUCAGUCGUACUGUCAAAGCAGCCAGCUGCAGGUGCAGGGUCAAGGCCUGUCCUGUCUGCUCUCUCCCUGUGCCUUCCUUCUCAUUUCCAAACUGAUUGGCCAAA